CUGACUUGUGUUAGUGUGUUGGCGUUGUGGCAUAUCGUGACUAUUGUGCUAUACCUAUAGUGAAAAUACGUUGUACAUACAUACGCAUAUAUCUGUGCUAGAUAAUCCAAAAACUUCGGAUUUUAACUUAUUGGUUAUUGAAUGCAGCUUAUUUUCUCAGCUCAUCAAAAUACAAUCUGAAAAAGUUAUUAACCUUUAUUGUAUUUCCUCUAUAAGUUGGUUAAAAUGGAAAUAUAUACGUUUGAAAAAAGUUAUCUAGAGAGAUACGAAUAUUUUACAAAAGUGCUCCAUUACAAAAAAGACAAAAUUAUUCCUGCAUCUGAAGUUAAACUAGAAUGGAGUUAUGAAACAGAUAUUGCUCUUGAGGCUGGAUGGGAAGCUCUCUGGAAAAUCCCAUACUUAACUUGCCAUGAAUUGAAUAUUCAUUAUCCCACGAUUGUUUUAAUUGUUGUAGCAGAAAUAGAGUCUGAUGAUCUCUCAGCAUUAGUGAGAAUUAGAGCUGUUCAAGAUGAUAUACAUCUGCCAUUUGAGUAUAAUGUACCACUAAUAGAGCUCUACCCUUUAAAAAGGAACCGUGAUAUGUUAUAUCACAUGGAUACUAUUGCCGAAUGCAUUGACAUGUUGAGAUUCUUCUAUAACUUUUUGUGGAUGCCUUGGGAUGCUGAUGACGACGAAACCUGUGAUUGGUUUAGAAACCAUUUGGACACCAGACUUACUUUGUUCUUUGACAUGAAAAAAGGUAUAGUGAGCAAGAAAACAAGUGAUUUAAUUAGAACUUUGAUUAGGGAAGGUAAAGAUAUACAAGAAAAAAUUGACAAACUUGGAUUAGAUAUUUCUGAUGAUGAAGAGGAACAAGAGAAAGAGAUAGUGUGUAAAUUAAUGAAAUUGCACUUGCGACUUCAUCAAAUAAAAGAUGAAAUGGUAAUUCUAGAAAAUCCAGCGAUGAGAGAAUUCCUUGUGAAAAGUAAAAACAAUGAAAUAGAAAUUAAAAGACGAGAAAAUAGAGGACAACAAAAAGAAGCUCAUUUUAUUUGGCUUGGGGGAAGCUUGGAAGAAACCAUUGAAGCAUUAAAAUCUACUCAAGAUUUCUUACCUUCUAAUAUGUUUACAAAAACUUCCAAUUGCUUACAAGAAGCUUUAGAUAUAGCAAACACAGGUGAUAUCAUUAUUAUUGGCAAAGGAGAACAUCAAAUAAAAAAUGCUGGAAAUUUAGAAAACGGUGGAGUAUUAAAAGGAACUGGUAAGGCAGAAUCAAAUAUUAUAUUUCCAAGGACAACUGGAAUUGGACCAUGUUUAUUAGAUUUUUCAGGGGAUGAGGUUAUUUUAGAAAAUAUUACUGUAGAAUUGAGGACAAUACAAACUGGAAUUAUUGUAAGAAAAGGAUUAUUAAAAUUAAACAAUUGUUAUAUUGUUGUUCGUAAUCAAAGUAUAAUUAAACUUGGGAUUGUAAUUCUACCUGGUGCAAGACUUAUUGCUCAUAAUACUUAUUUUAUUGGUUUGGGGACUGGUAUUGUUGUAAGUAAUUCAGCUGAAACUAUUCUAUCAGAAUGUAGUUUUGAUAACUGUGUUGAAGGAUUGGAGCUUAAUCAUAAGUCUAAAUUAUCAGCUAAUAGUUGUUCCUUUACAAAUUGCAAGGAAUAUGGAAUUCGUAAAGGAUCUGAAAAAAUGACUAAAUCUAAAUUUAAAGCAGGGGAUGUGAAUCUGUUACAAAGUGAACCGGAUACUUGCGUGGAAAAUUGCAAAUUCGAAAAUAACGUUAAAGGAAACAUUUGUUUAAAAUCAUGUGUGGAAAUAGUUUUACCGGAAAGAAAGGAAUGCAUAUCAUAUUAUGAUUAACAAGUGAUUUUAUUUUUGUAUACUUUUUAUAUAUCGCAAUGAAUUUGUCAAAUUUGUUAUAAUCGUGAACUACCAUAGAUAUGAUUUUAUACGUCAAACUAGUGACAAUUCGAAGUAAACGUGAUGAACAUUAAUGUAUGUCAGUUAAAUAAAAAAAACAUUCGAAAACAAAAUUAUUUUAUUUUAUAUUUUUUAUAAAAUAUUAAUUAAUUA